CCCAGUUCCUACGUUCACGUCGAGUUGGUUGCGUCUCUGCAGAACCACAGUUCCUAGAUUCGCUUAGGCAGACACCCUACCGACAAUAUUUCAGUGUAACAUGACCACGACGAAGGGCUUCAAAGUAACCGACGCGGAAAGAAAGACGCGCGUCGGCAUAGCCGUGAAGAAUUUCGAGGAACUAAAAAAGAAAACAAUCGACAAGUUCAAACUGAAAUUCUCCCCAGGCCAGCUGGAUUUCCAGACACCGGACGGCGUCGUGAUAGAAAACGAGGAAUAUUUCCAGACGCUGCCACCCCAAACUUUGCUCAUCUGGGUGAAGAAGGGGGAAAAGGCGAAAACCGACGCCGAGAUCCUCUACAAGACCAUAAGGGAGGUCAACGACGAGUAUCUGACUGCGGGCGAGAAGGUCCAGGAGUUUUUCACGGAGAAGAUGAAGAAUAAGGUGUUUAAGCUGGCCGAAGUCCUCAAGGGGAUCGAUGGAGAGAAGGCGAAGCUCAGCAUGAAGACUGAACACCCCGAGUGGUUCGAAGGCCUCGACACCACCUCAAAAACCAAAGAGGAAUACAUGUUUCGGAGGGCACAGGACCGCAUCCGAACGUAUUUCUACAAAACCAAGGAGGAGCUGUUGAGAACUAAAGGCUUGCCGCAGGCUCAACUGCAGUCCUUGCUAAACGAAUUGCGCGACAGGUUAAAACUAAAUAAAUAUCACGGGUGUUAUUUCGACAGGGCGCGGCACCUUGGAGACGAGAACAUGAAAUGCAUUUGCGACUCGUCGGGACGCUUCACCUGCGAAGGCAGGUGGGACAAGGACGUCUGCCUGUACGAGCCCCCCCACCGGAUCAAUCCUUAUACAAGUCGGGAGGCCAGGAUCAUUUUCCAAACGUGGAACCUGGAUCACUGCAGGGAGAGGACGCGCAGCGUCGUGCCCGCGAUUUGCGCUGCGCUUCGAGCUUGUGAUAUCGCUGUUACUAAGAACGGUAAAGUUUAUAAAGAUAUCGAUAGUGAUAGCGUUUUAGGUAGCGGUAGGGUUAGCUUGGACGUGAAGGGUAUGUAUAACGAUCUGUUCACCACCGGCAAUCUGAAGCUCGUGCAUAUUGUGUGCCACGACAAGGGGGCCCAUUCGUCCCUCAAGGCGGGACCUUAUCUCUUGUAAUUCGUUGUCUGUUCUUCGACGUGCCGUAAUAGUGUAGUUGCGGGAACGGUUUUCUUUCUCGGAUAUGCUCAACUGUUUCGGAUAUAAUCAGGGUUCUAUUCGUUACGGGAUUAGUGCUGUCUUUCCGUGCCAACGGUUUGGAAGUUUCUCUUUUUCCCGACGGUUAAACAAUAUGUUGAAGUUUCUAAAACCUGUUUAACAUUUACCAAUUCUUUAACUCAAUAAAUCGGUCAAGUUAUAUGACGAAUAAUUUAAAACACAACAAAUUGGUUGCACAGUAUUGUAUUCAUAUUUGUUGCUAAGUUACCUCUUUUCAUAUAUAGAUUUGAAAUAAAG